AUGGAAGGGUUGAUGGAUGAUAUGAGCACAGGCAAGGACACGGGAAUUGACUUGAAUGUUGGUUUAGAUUGGGGAAUGGAUUAUGGAGAUGAUACCAGUGGUGUUAGAGAUAGUGACGAUAUGGAGGACAAUGUCGACACCAGCGAUAGUGAUUCUGAGGAUGAUAAUAACACUAACUUUGGUGAUGAUGAUAAAGAGAAAAUCUCAGAUGAGCAUUUGCACAGCUUCGAAACACAGCCACACAGCUCAGAUGCACCUCUACACAAAGAUGCUGCAAAUCCAGCCAUGGCUCCACCGUACUCGAGUAUGUAUGACUGGACCUUGCUUGAUAAAGUCGGGAAUGGUAAGCCAUAUUCUAAAUGGGAGUCGGAUGAUGUUGUGGGUUAUGAGUUUGAAACCCUUGUGGAGGCUGCCAAGUUCUAUUCAACUUAUGGUUGUGCCAUGGGAUUCAGCGUACGAAAGAACACUCACACAUAUUCAAAAUAUGGAGUUAAAAAUAUGCAGCGAUGGGUUUGCUCACGCGAGGGGGAGCGUCAACCAGUGCACAAUGACAAGGAGAACAGAAAGCGUGAACCUAAGCCUGUAACAAGGCUCCAUUGUCCGGCAGCUUUCAAAGUCAGUUUUGUUGAGGCAACUAACCGAUUCAAGGUGAAGUAG